AUGGGGGAAAUCUACGCAAACGCUUCCAUGGUCCGAGUGUGGCUUGGUGAAGAAUAUGGCUUGGAAUCAAGGGCUCUUGAUGCUAUGGUCACAGUCGACAAGGUGUUUGAAGACCUGUUCAUUCAUCGAGGUAUAUCGCCCCAGCGUCUAGAUUCGGUGCAGACAAAUUUCAUAAAUCAUCCGUCUAUAGUCGACUUGGACUGGGAAAGUCUAAGUCAACUGCUCAGCAGAGCGUGGUUCGAGAGGGUCUGGGUAGUACAGGAGGUCGUGAAUGCCAAAGCAAUCACCGUUCAUGUAGGUGGACUGAACGUAGGGUGGGACUGGUUUGCAGCGAUAGUAUCUGCACUUCGUCAAUUUCGAGUGGACGUUCCGCUCAUUCAAUGCCCGGGGGUUAAAUCAACCUCCCUGAUGAAUAUGCUGCGUCAAGACAAAAUAGAAUUCGGUCGUGAGCCGCAGUUUACCUUGCUGAAGCUGCUGGGAGAAACACGCGAGAUCAAGAGUACACUGCCGGUAGACAAGAUCUACGGCAUACUUUCGCUCGUGAACAAUCCACAAGCCGUCGACGUUGACUAUGGCCAGAAAGCCGAAGAGAUCUUUCGAAAGCUAGCGAUCGACAGUCUAUUUCAUGAAGAUGGCGUCGAUAUUCUCUACCAGUGUGUGCUAUCUUCAACCACUGCAGUGUUGGAUCUUCCGUCGUGGGUUCCAGACUGGACACGUAAGGUUGACACGGAGCCUUUCAGCACUCGCGGUCUCUGGGCGCAGGCCUCGAAAGAUCGUCAGCUUCAGGCACGAAUCAGCGAGGACGGACGGAUUCUCCACGUCCGAGGCAUGAUCGUGGACACGAUCCAGGUUAUUGAAGAGAUGAGAGAUAUACCAAGCCGUAAGCCAUACAUUUCAAAGCUGACGGAACCCCGGAUCGAAACGAGCAACCCCGACGUCAAGGCGGACUUUCUCGAUCCCGAGAUGCAAAACAAAAUGGGCACCGAGGCGUUCCGAAAGAAUGGCAAGGCGUGGACUACGAACUUGCUCAAGAUGUGCUUCCCGGACGGCGAGAAGGACGCCCGGAAACAGGAGGACCUGUGGCGCACCUUCAUGUGCAAUCGUACACGAGACAACGAGAUUCCGGGCCAGGAGUGUGCCGAAGGGUUCGAGAUAGUGAUGGAAGCAAUGACAACGGGCGUCACGCCCCGCAGCGUCAUCGAUGCUUGGGUGGCAGCUGGGAAGGAAGCAAAUACGGAGUCCGGCAACGCGAGCGAUGCUACAAGACUACGGGCAGCCGCAAACGCCGUCUUUGGAGGGUUUGCUCGAUGGGGAUACAAUCGUCGCUUUUUCAUAUCGCAAAGCGGACGGUUUGGCUGGGGCGUAGACGGUGUGAACGUUGGCGACGAGGUCAUGGUGCCUGCAGGAGGAAGGUAUCCACUAGUCAUACGAAGCGCGAGUUUGGGACAGCAUAUGAUUGUUGGAGACUGCUACCUGCAUGGAGUGAUGGAAGGCGAGGCACUGGACGGGGGCUACGAGGACAAGGACAUACAGAUCUGCUAG